AUGUCCGCUCCAUUGAUCUUCAUAACUGGUGCUACUGGGUUUAUCGGUAGUGCCACCGCUCUUGAGGCUCUGAAGGCGGGUUAUCGACUCCGAAUUGCCGUUCGGCAGAAUUCAGAUAAGCUCAAGAUUUUGCUGUCGGAAUACCAUGACCAGAUAGAAUUCGUCAUCGUCUCAGAUCUCACUGAGGAGGCUGCUUUCAGAGGCAAGCUCGAUGGGGUGGACUAUGUUCUCCAUCUUGCGUCACCACUUACCCACGGGACAGAUAAGGAAACUUAUUUCACCCCCGCGGUAAAGGGAACAUUGGCUAUUCUCAAAGAAGCGGACAGAGUGUCAACCAUCAAGAAGGUUGUGAUCACAUCUUCCAUUGCUUCCUUGUUCCCCCUCACUGGGAUACCCGAGGGUGGUGUUAUAAAAGAGGAAAACGACUGGGAUCUGACCGUUGAUCCAAAUGCAAACUUCGUCGAUCCCAACAAUCCGGCCGCAGCACCAAUGACUUUGUAUCGAGCUUCCAAAUUGCUUGCGGACAAGGCAACAUGGGACUUUUGGAAGGCCAAUCGGCCCCAUUACUCGUUGGUGACUCUCCAUCCGGCAUUCGUCUUCGGACACAACCUGGUGCAAACCUCCGCCGAAGGGAUCCGCGCAGGGUCCAAUGGUAUCAUCUGGGGUGGUGUGAUGCAAGGAACCACAUAUGGAGGUGCCGGCAUCACGGGUGUGCACAUUCAGGAUGUUGCUGAGGCGCAUAUCGAGGCAUUGAAUUCGAAAAUCAAGGAUGGAUCCAAGUACCUGCUUGCAGCAAAGCCAAUUACAUGGAACGAUGUGGCUCGCAUUGUGAACGAAGCCUACCCCAACAUUGGUGCUAAGCUCACAGUGGGCGCUGAAGGUGCUUCCACGCCUACCGAUACCUCCAAGGCGGAAAAUGAGCUGGGGAUGAAGUGGCGCUCAUGGGAGGAGAUUGUGCGAAGCGUAAUUGAUCAACAACUGGGCUUCCUGUGA